AUGGCAACAACAACAACAACAACAACACCAACACCAGCAUCUCCAUGGUCUGUCACAACAAGUGGUGGUGGUGGUGGUGUCAAUGUCCCUAUUCUCCCCAAUGAGCUCCUCGUACAGAUUGUCUUCAUGACCGAGUUACCCUAUCGUGGUGUCUUUUUAUCCGUAUGUCGCUUUACCAACCGGCUCGUGAGUCAACAUGUGUAUCAGAAAGCUGUAUUCCCAGAGGAAGCCUCGAUGACCGACAUGAUACGCUUUUGCUACAAGCAUGGUCAAUCCUUGGAAAUCAUCAAGCUUCCACAACGGCGAUGUUACUAUCCAGACACUUUUUUCACCAUCCUUGCUCAGUUGUGUCCCAAACUUUCAUUUCUUCAAUCCAGCAUUACACCAAAGCAAUUGGUUCGACGUCUUUUACCUGUCAUGAAACAACAUCCUUCAACAUUUAUGUUGACUCAUGUAUCGCCAUCCUUUGCUUAUUACGAAUUGGACCUUGAACAACAACAACAACAACAACAAUCACCAUCAUCAUCACCAGAAAUUGAAUAUUAUCAAUUAGCAUGUUGUUCAUGUUGUCUCGCCAUUCGACAACCCAAAAAGGAUGAUGAUGUCGUCACCCAUAUCUCGCAUUAUUAUCAUCAUCCAGGCGCUUUACGCAGUGCUAUCUUACCCACCUUUGGUUCCGAUCUUGUUUCCCUCACGCUCAAUCCAUACGAUAUCCUCACAGCUUCAGUGGCUCACAUGAUCAUCGCCAAAUGUCCUCGUAUUCGCUUACUAGUCGUCCCCGCUGUCAAGGCUGAUGGAUUAUGGAUGAUGUUACGAUGGUGUGAUACCCUAGUAGCCGUCGUCGUAGGUUCAACCCCACCCUUGGACGAUGAUGAUGAUCUUGAUGACGAUCUUCAUCAUCAUCAUCAUCACAAUACAUUGGCAGGUCAAGAUACGGUGGAUGAUGAGAAUGAAAGAGCCGUGGCAACAGUGGAAUCAUACAAGCGGGUCUGGUGCGUACAUCCUCAUGCUUCUCAUUUUCAAGGUCUCAUUUAUAAAUCAUGGCAUAUUGGCAUCAUCCCACGCAUGUAA